AAAUCAUUAGUAAGCCCUCCCCCCAGCCCUCGACAGAAGGCUCUCUCUCCUCCCUGGUACCCGAGGAGAGGUGAGGACAACUGGAGCUGGAGGUGACAGUGAGUGAUGUCGCUCCCAACAGAACACGGGCCGCCUGAUCCAGUAUGAUCCGGUGCCAACCGACGACAUCCAGAUGGAGGAGGUGGGCUUCUACGACAAGUGGCUGGAGGUACUGCACAAGUUCGUGAUGCCGCUCCAGCAGAAGGUCUUCAACGGCCACAUUCGGGAGCCUCCGUACGCGGGCGCCAACUUCGUGGUGCGCUACACGCCAGACGUUCAGCGCGAACUGAGGCCCCACUGCGACAGCUCCACCUACACCAUCAACAUCGCCCUCAACCGGCCCCGGAUCGACUACGAGGGAGGCGGCUGCUACUUCACGCGCUACAACUGCUCAGUCACCGACUCCCGUCUCGGCUGGAUGCUGAUGCACCCGGGGCGGCUGACGCACGAGCACCAGGGCCUGCCCACCACCAAUGGCACGCGCUACAUCAUGGUCUCUUUCGUCGACCCUGACGUCUGAUUGGCUGGCCGCAGCCGGGCUAGUUAUGUGCAGCUACUGUUAGCGUAGCCAGUUUCACAAAGCAAGUGUGCGAUGGGUGGUGGUCGUGUGUGCAGAGUUUAUUUCGCUGCUAUGAAAACAAACCGUCCGGGUUACUACAACACAGUUGUUUUCGCUUGUUUAUGUAAAUGGUAUGGUUAUGGGUGUCGCUUUGCAUACUUUGUGCGGCGAAAGUAUUAAUUAGAAAACGUCCUGAUAAAUAACAUGUGUUGGAGGCCUAAUUAAUUACCUUGUAGGAAAUAAUUGCUGCUCCCUCCAUUUGGCCUACACGGAAUUCACCGCCCUCCCUGCCAGGGUGAGGGGCAGACGAUGUCAUAAAGCCUCAGCA